CCUGUGUUUUCUAUUCAAUAGGUACGUCAGUAUAGAAAUAAUAUUUUCCACUCAAGCAGCAUGGAAUUAGAAGAAAGUGAGGCCAAUUCAUAUAUUGACGAUAUGAUAGCAGUUUUACAAGAUGGUAAAGAGCUAUUACAACAACCAGAUGCCCAGAUAGCGGUGAAAAAAACUUCAAGAUCUGAAGAAGAAAGAUUUCAUUAUUACCACUGAAAGCUUUGAUGAAAUUCUAAGAGAAAAUUAAGGAAGAACUGGCAAAAAUUCUGAAAUCCACAGAAAGUGCUGCAACUAAAGAAGAAUAUGAUGAUCUGAAGAAGAAGCUAAUAGACCUUGAAGCCAAGAUGUCUGGUGAAAAGGAGGGAAAGCUGGAAAUUGAAAAAGAACUUGAAGGACUAAAGAAAACAAUAAAAGAACUUGAAUUCCAAAUGUCUCAGGAAACACUUGAGAAAGCCGAAUUGAAAAAGAAAUUUACUGUUCUAGAGAUACUUGUAUCAGAACAGAAAGAGGAGAUGGCAAAAAUUAAGACAGUAACUUCCUCAGGUCAAAGUCAGGCAGAGUAUGAGCAAACCAAGUUAGAAUGGCAGAAAGAGAUGAUAGCAUCAUACUGUAAGAAUUUGCUAAAAGUACCAGCAAUGCCUUUACUACCACGAGGUCAGAAAUGUAACUUCAGUGAGAUUUAUGUUAGGCCCACUAUAACAAGAGAAAUAAAAGGAGAGGAAGGGGAGACAAAGGAGAUUGAGUUCAAGUCAAUGUCAGAUAUCUUCAUAAAGAAUGGCGUGCCUUUGAAACAUAUAUAUGUUCUUGGAGAUGCAGGGUCUGGUAAGAGUAGUUUCUGUAAAUAUUUGGUCAACUGUUGGUGUAUUGCACACAGUGGUGCACAAAAUGUAGAAGAUGAGUUUGAAGGAGUCAAGGAAAUGAACAAAUUUGAUUUCAUGUUUUAUAUCUCCCUAAGACAUAAUCAAGACAUAGACAGUGUCCAGGAUAUGAUUAAAAAUCAGUAUGAUAUUGACAUUUCAAGCCCAGUUCUCAAAAAAGACUCUGCAAAGGUUAUAAUAUUGCUGGAUGGCUUAGAUGAAUGGUCUUCUGAAAGAAAGUCCUACAAUCAGUUCCAGACAAUGGGUCUCCCGAAACAGGAUGUUAAGAAAGACUACACAAUCGUUACUACAUCACGGCCAUGGAAAGUUCACACCCUAGGAAUAAGUGAGACAGAAAUUGAACAGUUACUGAAUCUGAAAGGGUUUGAUUUGAGAUGUGAGAGUGAAAUGGUAGAUAAAACAGUCUCACAAUUAAAUUCCAGCAGGCAUGCUAGUAAAGAUGCCAGGGUUUGUAAACAAAAGCUAGAAGAAAAGUCCCUGAAAAGUUUAAAACAGGUACCAAUUAUGUUGCAGCAACUGAUUUGUCUAUGGUUUGAUGGUAAAAUUGAUAAAACCUCAAGAUGUGCCAUCUACACUGGGAUGUUAGAACUUUUCUUUAUAUGGAAUGAUAUGAAAACUACAGGAACAAAUACUAGACUCAUGGAGGGUGUUCAGAAAGUAGAUCUUCCUAAAACCUUAGCUGAUAAAAAGAUAUUAAAAUUAAACAGCCAUCUCAUUUAUUAUGUGUCGCAGUUAGCUUAUGAGACACUAUUUAAUUGUCCGAAGGAUAAAUCUUUGACAUUUGACAUUUCUAUGUUUGAUGAACUAGAAAUAUCAGAUGAAGUAAGAGAAAAUUGCUUGAAACUUGGAAUAAUUACAGAAGAUGAAUGUCCAAGUUUAUCUGUAUCAGAACCACCAAGCUCAUUGUUCUCUUUCAUUCACAAAUCAAUGCAAGAAUUUCUGGCUGCAGUGAAUAUUUGCAUCAAUUUCAAUGCAAAAAUUGGUUUGUCAGAUAGUACAGGAAAUGUUGAAUUAGCCAAGAAAUUUAUUAAUGAGGUUUUUCAGAAAUGUUCAACAGUAAAUGACAUAUUAGAGCAGUCAAAUGUUAUCAUUAUGCUAUGUGGUCUUGAACCUAGAUUAGCAACACAUGUUUCAAAAUACAUAUAUGAUACUGUGUCAGAAGACUCUCGUGUUCAGGAAUACAGGAGAACAAUAAAUUAUAGGGAUUAUGAUUGUAUUACUGAUAUUCAAAAGCUUAUGUUUGACUCAAUGGAAGAAUUAAAUGCAGCAUGUAGUGUAGGAAGUAAUUCUGUAUUUUAUAUAGGAGAUUUGGUCAUUAAAAGAUGGGGUCAGUAUUGUGAUAUUGUUUGUUCAAGUAUUGACCAGCAUCAAAUUGUUCCUGACUCUGUUCUGUCUAUUAAGGUAGAUGACAUCAACACAGAAAAUGUUAAAUUUACAAAAUAUUUACCAAUGUUGCAUCAUCUUGAAAACAUUAAAAUAACAUAUGAUAAUGAUGGUAAUGAAUCAAUAUCGUAUGGCCCUACAUCACAAAGGUUCUUAAGUACACAAAGUGAUAGUACACAGAGUAAUGAACAGAGGAUUGAUGAGAUUAACAAUUGUGUUGCUGAGACAAUUAAAGUCAAUACUUCAACAUUUAAAUCUCUGUCUCUUUAUGGUGUCUAUUACACUCACAAGUAUUACCCAGUGUGUAAAUACAGUUGUUUAUUACCUUUAGAGAUGAAGAGUUUAAAGAACAUUGAGCUUUGGUAUGUCACAAUGAGUUUGACAACAUGGCAGAAGUUGGUUGAUAGUCUUCCUAGUAUUCCUCAUACUGUAGAUGUGAAUGUAAAGGGCUGUUAUAUAACAGGAGAUGGUGAGGAGUUUAAUGAUGAUCUGUUUACAUUGACAUUACAAGGACUUAGAGGACAGAAGGGAAAUGAUGCUAUACAGUAUGUAAAGGAUAAGGUUCAGUUAUUUCAUGUUAAAUAUGAUAGUGUUUAUACGUUUGAAUUUUCAACAAAAAAGUGA